UUCUUGAAGUAUGAGAAAAUGUUACUGCUCUCCUCCCCUCUCUCUUUCCUUCUCCCUCCCGCUCUCCUAUCCCCCUCCCUUUCUCAUGGUCAGUCAAUCAGAGCUUUCCAAGAGCAGGGAGAGGGAGCUUUGGACUGACUGACAGACAUUGGUCAGGGAGAGAGGCAGAGUAUCCAGGGAUACAGUGGUGACGGUUCUACAGAGUCACAUGAAUAAGGCAACCUCUUGAUGACAAAAACCCUUGUCUUGUAGGCACCUCCACAGCAGAGUUCAUCCCUCUGCCCCAGCCUUUCUUUGAUAACUGUAAUCAUUUUUUAAGCGAAUUGCCAUCCCCCUCCACCUGAAGGCGACUUCCUGCCCAAAAUGCCUCUUUUCCCAUCCUUCCUCCUCCUGCUCCUCGCCUGCCCUGCCCUCCUGACCCCAUCAGGUUCCCAGAGCCUGCAGACUGGGGGUCAAAGGGCACCCAGGAACACAAAGCCAGAGGGUGGCGGGCAGCCAAUCAAAGUGGUGAUCUCUGAGGCAUGUGUUCAGGGGGACUCCAGUCAGAACCAGGGAAAGGAACUGGACCUUGAGCCUGGUUCCUCUCUAGUCCUUACCCAUCGGAUCCGACUGGUUCCGGGGUCGUGCGGAGGCGGGUGCGAAGCCGAGUUUGCUGCCCUGCGAGACCGUCUGGAGAGGCUGGAGAAGGAGGUGUCUGCCCUGAGGGAGAAGUGUGGAGGCCCAGAGGGGGGCUGCUGCACGUCCCAGCAGAGCAAAGGCGCUGAGUGCUCCAUGCAGCCGGAGGGAGACGAGUGUCCUAACGAGUGCAGUGACCAGGGACGCUGUGAGGACGGCAAGUGUGUCUGCUUCCCAGGGUUCAGUGGGCCAGACUGCAGUUUGUCUGACUGCCCCGGGAACUGCAAUGACAAGGGGAAGUGUGUGAACGGCCAGUGUGUGUGCGACCCAGGUUUCACAGGGCCAGACUGCUCUUCAGAGUCCUGCCCUGGUAACUGUAACAAUAAGGGGCAAUGUGUGAAUGGCAAGUGUGUGUGCAACACUGGCCUCACAGGGCCCGACUGCUCCACCAAGGCAUGCCCUGGUAACUGUAACAAUAAGGGGCGAUGUGAGAACGGCCAGUGUGUGUGCAACACUGGCCUCACAGGCCCUGACUGCUCCACCAAGGCAUGCCCUGGUAACUGUAACAAUAAGGGGCGAUGUGAGAACGGCCAGUGUGUGUGCAACACUGGCCUCACAGGCCCUGACUGCUCCACCAAGGCAUGUCCUGGUAACUGUAACAAUAAGGGGCGAUGUGAGAACGGCCAGUGUGUGUGCAACACUGGCCUCACAGGCCCUGACUGCUCCACCAAGGCAUGUCCUGGUAACUGUAACAAUAAGGGGCGAUGUGAGAACGGCCAGUGUGUGUGCAACACUGGCCUCACAGGCCCUGACUGCUCCACCAAGGCAUGCCCUGGUAACUGUAACAAUAAGGGGCAAUGUGUGAAUGGCAAGUGUGUGUGCAACACUGGCUUCACAGGUCCUGACUGCUCCACCAAGGCAUGUCUUGGAAACUGCAAAAACAGGGGGAAGUGUGUGAAUGGCAAGUGUGUGUGUGAUAGCGGUUUUACAGGGCCAGACUGUUCUACCAAGUCCUGCCCUGGCAACUGCAGCAACCGUGGAAAGUGUGUGAACGGCCAGUGUGUCUGCGAUAUGGGCUUUACGGGGCCGGACUGUUCCGCCAAAGCAUGUCCCAAUAACUGCAGCAACAAGGGAAGGUGCGUGAACGGGAAGUGCGUGUGUGAAGUGGGCUUCACUGGGCAGGACUGCGCCGCUAAGGGCUGUCCCGAUAACUGCAGCAACAAAGGGCGCUGUGUGAAGGGGAGGUGUGUGUGUCGCCGUGGUUUCACCGCCCCGGACUGCAGCCAGUGUGAAUCUGGGUUCACUGGAGUUGACUGUGGCACCGUCAUGUCUGGUGUGUCCCAGCUCAACACCAAGGACGUCACUGAAUCCUCUGUCACCCUCUUCUGGACCCCACCUCCAGUCCAGUAUGACACCUACCACGUCACCUUCGCCAGCCAGAAAGAGGGAGAUCAGCAGAUAACAUCUCAAGUUGGAGGCAAGCUCACGGCCUACACCCAAACAGGCCUGGCGGCCGGGCAGGCGUACACAGUGACAAUCACUGGAGAAAUAGAUGGGAGAAUGGGCGCUGAGAGCACAGCAGAAUUCACCACUCUUAUCUCUGGUCCCACAAACCUUCAAGUUGUGAAGACAACCACAACAUCUGCAGUUGUCCAAUGGGAACAAUCGCAAGGAGACAUCGACAGGUAUCGCUUAACUGUUACACCCAAUCAGACAGACGGAACAGCCAGGGGAAGACAAGACCUGACCCUGCCCCCUGAGAGGGACUCGGCCCAGAUUGACGGUUUGGACCCGGGACAUUUGUAUGACAUCACAUUAGUGGCUGAAAAAGGCGGGAUCAAGAGCAAGCCAGCAACAGUCCAAGUCACUCCUGGAAAAUCCACAAAGACAAUAUCCAGGGUGACCAUGCCGGUAGCACCAGGAGUAGAAAGCCAUGAGGGAGACUCAGCAGGGAAUACAAAGCCUGUGAAGGACAUCUUCUACACGAAGGCCAAGGGUGAAGAACCAGAGAGGGUGAAGGAUUGGAGUGGACCAGGCUCUGUAACAGUCGAAGGCACCAAUGGAACCAAAGAGGACACAUCUGUUAGAACCAGUACAAGACCACUUGUCAACACAAACUACAGGGUUAUACCUAAAACAGGUGAUAGAAUAACCUUUCCCAGGAAACCAUACAUUGGAGGCUCUAUCCAUUUUAAUGGUACAAGAGUCGGCCAGGGUGGGAGGAGAGUGGGUCACAGUCUUCUGAAAAAGCCUACAAGCAGAAAUCCAUUGGAGGGGCCAAAGGUCAAGAAGACCUUGGAUACUGACUCUAAACCAGAAAAUCCCUUUGUUGGGGACAAGACUAUAGCCUUAACUGUGAAAGAAACUAACCUGGAGACAAGUCCUCUUGGAGAAAAAGAUGAAACUUUGACAAAGACAUAUCCUGUUGGAAUCCUUCCUGUAAAUGCCACUCCAAGCUCUGGUUCUGAACAAACAGUGAGUCCUGGCUUAAAGGACCUACCCGAUAGAAAAAAAGAUACAGAGAUUGAAACAAAUGAGCCAGGGCCAGGGACAGAGGGUUUGGAGCAUACCACCACAUCAGAAAAAAAUACUACGGUUCACCCGAAUGGGAAAAAAUGUGUCAACAAGGUUAAAUUGACACACAGGAAAGUCAAUGUGACACGUAGAGAGAGAGUCAUUGGAGGGAGGGUGAAUGGCACAAUAGUGAAAAGUAAACCCACAGCAGAGCAGGGUUUAGCUGAAAAAGAGGACAGUGCCCUAAAAGUGUCUGAAACAGGACAUUCAAAGACAACAUUUCAUGAGCGUAACCUGGUAAUUCACACACAGAGUAAAGCAGAUGACAUUUCUCCACACACCACACAAAGUCCUACAUAUCCAACUUCCUCUUCACCAGUGUCACCUACUUCCUACAUGUCACUUUCUUCUUCAGCUCCCGCAAAACAUGAUGAAUCAAUGACCGGUAUGGGUCAACCUAUGACUGACAGAGACGUGGUGAAUGCAAAGACUUUGCCUGUUCCCCAAUCCCAAUCAUCCAACCUCCCUCCAGAGAGGGAGCCAACAUCCUCCAGUGAAUCAGAACAGAAUGGUAAAGGACCAUCUCCCUCCAACCCUGAGGACUCAUACUCAGGUAAAGAUCAUGUUGCAGUAGCAGAAGAGGGAGUCAGCAAAGAUGGAGAGAAAACCGCUGACGUGGGAUUGUUUGGAACCAAACAAAACAGAACAAAGACUCUGAGAGUGGGCGGCUCACCACCUUUUCGCCGCCUACCUCCAAAGGGGCCCUACCAACGCCGCCCGAACCUAAAUAUGAGACCAUUCCAAAACAGGACACGUUCACCUUUUUCAGCUCCCACAAAACAAAAUGAAUCAAAGACCGGUACGGGUCAACCCAUGACUGACAGACAACUAGUGUUUCCAAAGACAGUAACGGUUUCCCCAGCACAAUCCUCAACCCUCCCUCCAGAUGCUCAGCCAGAGAGAGCACCAAAGUCCUCCAGUGAAUCAGAACACAGUGGCAAAGGCUAUUCAUCAUCAUCAUCCACUUCAGAGGAAUCAGACUUUACUAAAGAAAAUGUUGCUGUGGCAGAGGAUGGUAUCAGCAGAGAUGGGGACAGGGCAACUGACGUGGUGUCGUCUGGAACUGAACGAAACAGGUCAAAGACUCUGACACUGGGCAACACACCACCCUUACGCCGUCUACCUCCAAAGGGGACCCAGCAACGCCGUCCACACCCAAAUAUGGGGGCAUUCCCAAACAGGACACGAACACACCUGAUACCCCCUCACCAUCCAUCAAGAGGCCCCAUACGCAGACCUUUCCCACCUAAACUGACAAACAGGGACAACGGCAUCAUCAUUCAAACCUCUCAACCAGGGGAGCAGGGCACCUACAGCACCAGCCAGAAUGACACAAACACAGACCUUAAGCCCAAAACUCUCCUCAGGAAAAUAAAUGCCACAGCUGGUAAAAUAGCACGAGAUCAAACAUACAUAAGAAAUAACAGUAGCUUGGGCCAAAGGGGCCAAGAUUUUAAAACAGGCCAUUCUGACCAAGGUAGCCAAGUGAGUAAGAAUGCUGACUCAAGAGACAGCCCAAACCAGAUAAAUGGGUCAGAUGUCACUACUACUGGAAAAACAGGCCAGCCUCUAAACUCAGUGGGGGUUCAAAGCAUAACCUCAGGAGGGUUCAUACUCCUCUCUCCGGGGUCCUCCUAUGAGGUCAGUGUGAUAUCCGUCCUUGGACUGGACGAGAGCGAUGCAAUCAAAGACCUGGUUAUGACACUCCCUGACCCUCCAACGGAUCUCCAGGCCAUUAAUGUCACAGACACCAAGGCCUUGCUGCUAUGGCGACCAGCACUGGCAACGGUUGACCGUUACGUCAUAGUUUAUGGCUCUGAAAAAGGUUCAGAUGAUGUGAAGAUCACUGUGUCGGGCAACGCGGCCGAGCAGCAGCUGAAGGACCUGCAGGGCUCCACUAUGUACACCGUCACGGUCACCAGUCAGUUGGGCAACCUGGACGGCGCUCCCGCCAUCACCGUCUUCACCACCACCAGUGGAUCUGGGGGAGACGGGGAAGGCCCGCGUGACCUGAAGGCCAGUCAGGUGACUCCUCGCUCAGUGUUGCUGACGUGGAAACCACCCUCUGCCGCUGUGGGAAGCUACAAGCUGACCUAUCAGACGGAGGGACAGGAGAUGCAGGAGGUUACCAUUGACGCCACAGUAACGGAGUUCAAGUUGACCAGGCUGCAUCCUAUGUCCAAGUACACCGUGCAGCUACAGGGAGAGAGGGGAGGGAGCUAUACUGCUGCAAUUUCCACUGAGAUCACCACAGGGAAUCUCCGGUACCCCUUCCCAAGUGACUGUUCCCAGGAGCUGCUGAACGGGAUGCAUGAGUCUGGAGAGGUGGAGAUCUUCCCAAAGGGAAGGCAGGGAAAACCAGUGUUGGUCUACUGCGACCAGGUGACUGAUGGAGGCGGCUGGACGGUCUUCCAGAGAAGGAUGGAUGGGAAAACGGACUUCUUCCGAGAUUGGAAGAACUACAGCAAAGGAUUUGGAGAACUGAGUGGGGAAUUUUGGCUGGGUAAUGAGAACCUACACAAUCUAACCAGCAUGGCACCAAUGACCCUACGUGUGGACCUCCGUGCAGGGGACGAAUCCGUGUUUGCCAAGUACUCCACAUUCACGGUGGACACUGUUAGGAGGAACUACGCUCUCAAAGUGUCUGGGUACAGCGGUACAGCAGGUGACUCUAUGAGUUACCACAACGGGCGCAUGUUCUCUACCAGAGACAGAGACCCCGCGCCUUUCAUCACCCGCUGCGCCAUGUCCUAUAGGGGGGGUUGGUGGUAUAAGAACUGCCACCAGGCCAACCUUAAUGGCCUCUACGACACCAAUGUCAAUCACCAGGGUUUGAUCUGGACUGCCUGGAAAGGCAAGGAUUAUUCCGUCCCUUUCACUGAGAUGAAGCUCAGACCAACAUCUUUCACCCCUCCAACUCAGGGGUACUGACAAAGUGGUGGACAGAAAAUGAGAAGGGGAGAGAGGCACACUUUAUGAACACACACACACACACAGCCAGGUAACUGCCAAAAUAAAGGAAACACAAACAGAUAGCGUUGGGCCAUCACGAGCCAGAACAGCUUCAAUGCACCUUGGCAUUGAUUCUACAAGUGUCUGGAACUCUUAUGGAGGGAGGCGACACCAUUCACCCAGAGAAAUUCCAUCAUUUGGUGUUUUGUUGAUGGUGGUGGAAAACGCUGUCUCAGGCACGACUUCAGAAACUCCCAUAAGUGUUCAAGUGGGUUGAGAUAUGGUGACUGACACAAACAUACACACACACACUUUAAACCUCCUAUGCUCCUUUGAGACCCCUCUUUCAAAGUCAGAGGUAGCCAAAAUAAUGGGGCAACUGGGCAUUUUUAUACAUGACCCUUAGCAUGAUGGGAUGUUAAUUGCUUAAUUAACUCAGGAACCACAUCUGUGUGGAAGAACUUGCUUUCAAUAUACCUUGUAUGCCUUGUUUACUCAAGUGUUUCCUUCAUUUGGUCAGUUUCCUGUACAUAAGCACACAGGCAAACACACUCAAUCCCACAUGCAUACACAGUACAUGCAUCUAUUAGCUAUAGUUGAAAAAUCUCCAAAUGCCUUUCUCUCCAGACUAAAGCGAUUAGAUUUUUUCAAAUGUAUAGAGGACAGUUAUCCAUCCGUAUGUUAUAUUGUACAGUUUCUAGAUUAUCUUUGCAAUGUCCUUUUUUACACUAAGUGUUGUGGCACCCCUCGCGUCAGCUGUAAAAAUGUAUGCACUGUCCCCUCGCUAUGAUGGUACAACCGUGGAAAUGAGCGGGUGAAUAAUGGAGAUUUAUGUUUGUACUUGACUGGUAAUUCUCAAGUUGUGUCCUUUGUUUGUCUUAUUUGUGGUUGUAUGUCCUGUAUUUUCUGUUGCCCCAAUUCUCAAAUUGUAGUUGCUACAAUAAUAAAAUAAUGGUGGAACAUAGGCAGCAGAA